ACUAUUAUGCACAUACUGGAUGAUACUUACAAAACAAACAAAACUCAACAUAAAAAUGACUUUCAUUCUUCAUUCAGUCUUCAAGACUCUUGGAUUUACAAAUAAGUGAACUGACAACAUACUGAAGAAGACAUUUCAUGCUUUGUAUGUGCAUAUUUUUACAACUUCUUCCUGUCUUGGACAUAAGCUAUUGCACAAAACAUGUCAUAUGUUUCAUAAUACAAAGAACCAGAAAAUAUUUCACAUAUGCAUGUUUUAUAGGACUGUUCUACGAGAAAACAUUCCACAUGACUGUAUUUUCAAAGUACAAUGAACCAGAAAACAUUCCACAUGUGUGUCUUUCAAAGUACAAUAUGCCAGAGAACAUUCCACAUGUGUGUCUUUUAAAGUACAAUGUACCAGAAAGCAUUCCACAUGUGUGUCUUCCAAAGUACAAUGUACCAGAAAACAUUCCACAUGUGUGUCUUCCAAAGUACAAUAUACCAGAAAAUUCCACACAUGUGUCUUCCAAAGUACAAUAUACCAGAAAACAUUCCACAUGUGUGUCUUCCAAAGUACAAUGCACCAGAAAACAUUCCACACAUGUGUCUUUCA